AUGGGUCACACGGAGUAUUCCACAGAAAAGAAGAACUUGGUAGUCCAAUUCAUCCUCGGAAAGUGCGUGAACGGAAAACCCCCUCGUGGCACCAUCAAGGAAGCUCAUCAAAAGUUUGGUAUGUCAAGACAAACUAUCUCAAGAUAUUGGAAUGCUGCAAAACAACAACAAAACACAGGUAAUGCAAUACAAUUAGUGAAUAGGAAGAAGGUCAAACAUGCAAAAAGAAUUCAGUUUGAUGUCACCUUAUUGAAAAGUCUGCAUUUUUCGAAAAGAUCCAACAUUAGAAGUUUAGCGAUUGGUUUAGGAUGCAGUAAAUCGACAGUAGGGAGGUGGGUGAGAGCUGGGCUGAUUAGGUCACAUACUUCAGCAAUACGGCCUGACUUAACAGCCCCCAACAAGCUUUUACGAUUGACAUUUACACUAGAAGCCAUAGAACUUGACAGAAUGUUAAACAAGAUCUUGUUUAGGAACAUGCACAAUACUGUCCACAUAGACGAGAAGUGGUUCUACAUCACUAAAGGAUCCCAACGAUACUAUUUGGCACCGGAAGAGAAUGAACCACAUCGCACUUGUAAAAACAAAAAUUACAUCUCGAAGAUCAUGUUUAUGUGCGCUGUUACCAGACCACUGUUUUCAGACAAUGGAGAGGUUCUAUUUGAUGGGAAAAUAGGCAUUUUCCCAUUCACGGAACAAGUUCCAGCAAAAAGAAACAGCAAAAACAGAUACGCAGGUACUUUAGAGACUAAGCCUAUUGCAAGCAUCACCAAAGAGGUCACUAAGCAAUGCAUAAUAAAUAAGAUCAUCCCAGCUAUAAUGGAGAAAUGGCCUGAAGGCAGAAGUAAGUUUAUCACUAUUCAACAAGACAAUGCAAAACCACACAUUGCAAAUCAUGACCCAGAUUUUAGGGCUGCUGCCACUCAAAAUGGUUUCAAUAUACAAAUAGUGCAGCAACCCCCAAACUCACCCGAUACUAAUGUGAAUGAUUUGGGUUGGUUUAGAGCAAUACAGUCAUUGCAGUUGCAGACUACAUGCAACACCCUAGAUGAUUUAGUUAAGGCAGUGGAUAUGUCUUUCCAUGACUUAUGCCCUGUGACUCUAGAUAAUGUAUUCCUAUCAUUGCAAAGUUGUAUGCUAGAGAUAAUGAAGGUGAAGGGCCAGAAUUGCUACAAAAUUCCACACAUGGGGAAAGCAUCAUUAAGGAGAAGUGCACAACUUCCUGAGAAUUUACAAGUUCCACUAGAGUUGGUCAAUGAAUGCAUUUCUUAUCUCCGAGCAGAGGGUAGCGCUGAAGGAUUGGAUACAAUUAUCAGGGCUAUAGGUAUGUGA